AUGCCGGCAGCAUUAUAUGUAUUAGUUUCAGUUGUGAUUGCUUUAUUGUUAAUAACAAUAGGAUCUCUUACAAUUGCAAGUUUGGGUCGACUUAAUACAGAUCAAAUUGCAAUUUCAUAUAAUACAAUUUCAAAAAAACUUGGUCGAAAUGUUCAAGCAGCUGGAUUACAUUUGAAUGCACCAGGCUUUAAAUUUAUUAUAUUUCCAAGUGUAUUUACAUCAAUGGAAUUUGAUGAUAUAUCAUGUCUUAAUCGAGAUGGUGUCUCGAUUAGUCUUGAUUGUACUUUACAAUUUCAAGCUGAUCCAAAUCAUUUAUAUGAUAUUAUUGUACAAUUCAAAGAUUUUGAAGGAUAUAAAAAAAUUCUUUAUGCUACUGGCCGAGCAGCUGUUCAUGACACUUGUGCACAUUUUAAUACAACUGCAUUCCAAAGUAUGAGAGGCUAUUUUCAAGUUAAAUUACUCGAAGAAAUGAAAAAUACAUUCAGUCCAUUUUAUGCAAUUCUUCGAGAUUUACAAGUAAAUAAUGUUCGUCGACCAGGAGAUUUUGAAACAGCUGUUAAAGAUAAAGAAGCAGCAAAAGAAAAUAUUAAAAUUGCUGAAAAUGAACGACCAAAAUUAUUAACACAAGCUCGUACAGAAUAUCAAAAAGCAUUAAAACAAGCUCAAAUAAUCAAUGAACGUGCUGAAACAGAUAGUAGUAUUAUUUUAAAUCAAGCUGAUGCUGAAGCUCAAGCUGUUCGAGCACGAUAUUCAACGGAAACUGAUACAUUUGUAUCAUUGAAAAAUAAAAUGCGACUCAGUGUUGAGUCACUUUUAAAUUAUAUGGCUAUACGAGUCAUCGGCUCAUCGAAGAAUGAUGUUUAUAUUAAUAUGAAGUCUCCAGCACAAGUUAAAUAUGAUCUAUAA